GUGAAUAACACAGAUGCCGAGGGUAGGCUUACCCUGGCAGAUGCUCUGGUGUAUGCUUGUAACCAAGGUGUUGAAAAGAUAGUUGACUUGGCAACAUUAACUGGGGCCUGUAUAGUUGCUCUUGGACCCUCAAUUGCAGGUGUGUUUACACCCAGUGAUGACCUAGCAAAAGAAAUUUUUGAUGCUUCUGAAGUGAGUGGGGAGAAACUAUGGAGGAUGCCAUUAGAAGAAAGUUAUUGGGAGUCAAUGAAAUCAGGAGUAGCUGAUAUGGUGAACACUGGUGGUCGACAAGGUGGUGCUAUUACUGCUGCUCUUUUCUUAAAGCAGUUUGUUGAUGAAAAGGUCCAAUGGAUGCAUAUUGACUUGGCUGGUCCAGUGUGGAAUGAUAAGCAGCGCUCUGCAACAGGAUUUGGUGUUGCUACUUUAGUGGAAUGGGUUUUGUGAAACGCAUCUUAAAUGCAAACUGAGAUCUUGAAAUCAUGACAUCUUGUUAAAUUGUGGUGUUUCUGGUUUGGUGAGGACAGUUAUAUUUCUGAAGGGAUA